ACCAAGAGUGCAACUCCAAAUACACCGACAACUUCCCGCGCUCCCGUCUACCAUUACCAAUACCAGGGAAACUGGACAGGCCCUCCGCGCUACCAGUCGAACAGGGGGGGGCGAGGGGGGCAGAAGAGAGGAGCAGUAGGGCCGACCCGCAGAGCACCGCAGCCACAGUCUCGCGCAGCUGGACAACCGAAAACACGUGCUGCUCCCCAGCAAUAAACGAGGAGCCAGCACCCGCUUCACAAGCAGCUUAUCCUGGGUGCCGCGGUGCUCUCCGGCUCUCAUUCACGCGACGCUCCGUGCCGCCGGUAGCCUGGGAACUGAUGCUUGCAUCACUUUCUGACAAUACCAUUAUGCAAUAUAAUGUCACACUCAAACUUUGGUGGACAUAUUGCCAUGAAAAUAAGCAUAAUGUAUUUGAAGGGUCCGUAGCAAUAGUUUUGUCUUUUCUUACGGAACAGUACAAUAAAGGAGCAUCUUAUGGCUCCUUAAAUAGUCACCGAUCAGCCCUUUCACUAUUUCUUGGAGACAAUAUCGGUUCCAAUGAAUCAGUGAAGCGGUUAUUGAAAGGUGCAUACAGAAAGCGACCUAAUUUGCCAAAAUAUAGCUUCACGUGGGAUCCACAAGUUGUGCUCAAUUGUAUUGCAGAAUGGUAUCCAAAUGAGGAACUUACAUUAGAAAGGAUAACUAAAAAAUUAGUAAUAUUGUUAGCGUUGUGUACUGCGCACAGAGUACAAACUUUUUCAUUAAUAAAAGUUGACAACAUUGUAAUUUCCUCAAGUGGUGUCAGAAUAUUUAUAACUGACAUCAUAAAAACGUCAGCGGCAAAUAGAGAACAGCCACGGUUGUUUCUUCCCUUCUUCACGGACAGACCAAAUAUAUGCCCUGCUACCACUUUACGGGACUACCUCUCCAUAACGAGCGAUAAACGCCCAGAAAGUGUUCCGAACCUCUUAUUAACUGUGAAGCGCCCUUUUAAGAGCGCGUCAGCACAGUCAAUAAGCAGGUGGAUAAAACAGGUACUUGCAGAAAGUGGGGUAGAUGUGAACACCUUCAGCGCUCACAGCACACGUCACGCGUCCACGUCUGCUGCGGCAGCCAGUGGUCUCAGCGUCGAUAUUAUUAGGAAAACCGCAGGCUGGACAAAAGAUUCCGAAAUAUUCGCAAAAUUUUAUCACCGUCGAGUUAUCGAUGAAAGUGAUUUUGCCAGAUCAGUGUGUAAUCAGUAA